AGAAUUUUUACCUAGGGUUUCGUAUUUAAAGGGUUUAUUUUUAAUCGAAGAUAUAUUUUUAAUGUCUUGAAGCGUUUUAUUUAUUUUCGAGAUCAUUUCUCAAGAUAUGAAAACAAAAAAAAACUAGAAAUUAGAAAAAGUAAAUCCCUUUUUAGGAUAUAAUGAACAUGGACAUUAGAGAUGAUGAUGAUUUUCAAGCAUCUCUUGAGCCUAUGGUUAUUAUAAAUGAUGAAGAAAGUUUAAAUGAGAAUUGCAAAGAUAAUUUAUCUGGUCACAAUAAUACUGAUAAUCAUGAAAUAAUUAAUUAUAUUGGUCCAGAAAUAUCAAUUAUACCAGUUAGAAAAAGACAGCAAUUCAAAAUAAAACUUUUUGCUCGCGAAUAUUCACCGUCUAGAGAUGAUACCAGUGAUAAAGUUCAAAGUAUAACAAGAAAUACUCGCGAAAAAGUUCGAUUAGUAACAAAAGAUGAAGCACAAAAUGCAACUGAAACAUACACCAAAAGAAAAUCUAGUCCUUUGGAAAAAUGUCCAAUAUGUAAGAAAUAUUUCAGAAGAAUGAAAACCCACCUUUUAAAACAUGAGAUAUUAAAUAAAGCCCCAGAGGAAAGAUUAUUUUGCACUUUGUGUCAUAAAGUAUUUAAUACUCAAAGUAAUCUUCUGAUACAUAUGAGAAGUCACAGUGGGGAUAGACCUCAUAUUUGUGAAGUUUGUAAUAAAUCAUUUUCACAAAGCUGCAACUUGGUUAAUCAUAUGAGAGUGCAUACAGGAGAAAAACCUUUUAAAUGUCCCCAUUGUGAUAGAGCGUUUACCCAAUCAGGUAAUCUUAAUAAUCAUAUUAGAUUGCAUACCGAUGAAAAACCUUUCAAAUGUCAUUUUUGUGACAAGGCUUUCGUUCAAUCAGGAAAUCUCAGUUCUCAUAUUAGGAAUAAUCAUAAAUUUGACAAUAUGCCAUUUCAAUCUUUGGCAAGUGUAAUGUAGUUAUUUCUAUACCUAAUUUUCUCUUUAUUUUGUACAAGAAGGGUGAUACUAAAAAAAUUUAUAACAUACCUUUAUGAUCUCUUUAGUAUUUAUGACAAAUUAGAUUAAUGGCACAUGUAUUCUGCAAUAAUCUUGUUCUAUAAUUGAUUUAACUUUUUUGGAUUUUAUUUCACCUUAAAAUUAUUAAUAUAAUAGUUUUUUCAUUGAAUACUUUGUUUUUGAAUCAUCAGUUUUCUGCUUUAUCAAAAAUAUUAUUUCAAUUUUUACACAUAUAAACUGUGGAAAUUCAACUAAAGCAUAUCAAUGCACAGAUUGCUUCCAGUGAUUGUAAAUCUCCCAUCUCUUCAUAUAGUAUUGGAAAGAGAGGUGGCAAAAACUACACUCAAAAUGAUUAGAGAAGGAAUCAACAAGGAAAAACCGUCCUCAAAAAAUUACCACCCAAUCUGGGACAUGGCUUAGAACAAAAUACUAAAAUAGUUUAGCUUUGAGAAAAUAUUUACCUCAAUACUAAGCUGUAGAAGCAAAUGGAAUCAAAGCACCAUAUGAGAAAUAAACAGAAUUGCCAUUAAAUGGUAUAUGGAUGGUUCCAAAACAGCAGAGAGAACUGGAAUAGAAAUGUAAGGGCCUACAACCUAACACUCUGAAAGCCUCAGCAACGCCCCAAUCAGUUUAUAAGUAAAAAUAUAUGCAAAUGAAAAAUGUCUCUAGAAUAAUCAAGAAAGGAUUUAUCUCAAACAGAUCAUGAUCCUCUCUGAUGACCAAGCAUCCAACUGGCUUGGGAAGUAUGGAUAGUGGAUAUUGGAUAGUAUGUGAAAAAUUUUUUUUCAGUCAUGUUCGUUUUAUUUAAUGUAUUAGAAUCACUCUUCUUGUCAUUGAUUUUGCAUAUCAGUUUUAGACUGUGUCUCUGCAUAGUGGAGACUAAUAAAGAUAUGCUGAAAUAAGCCUUAAUAUUUUAUUAUAUAAUAGAUAUACAAUAAAUUAAUCUGUAUAUUGGUCCAAAAUAUAAUUUGAUAUUAAAUAGAAAAAAACAAGCCAUAUAAUUAACUUAUUACCGUUUAUGUAUUAACAGAGGUGUAGCCACAGAACAUACCCUAAGAAGAAAUGCAAACUUAGUUGUUAUUCAGUGGGAACAACAUUUUUAUUACAUUAGUGUCGCGAUUGGUAGGUUGAAAAACUAAAUUUGUGUUGCCAAGAUUUACAUACAAAUUGACUUUCUUUUUGGUAUGUUCUGUGGGUGUAGCUUUUAUUAAUGUGGAGAGGUCUUGUUUCUUUCAUUUCCAAAAUAGCAGUCUGAAGGUAGUUACAAAGGUUAAAGAAGAGCUUCUUGAGAUAAAAGUCAUCAAAUCUGUUAGAUACAUAUGGUAAGUUUUAGGGACCUCGCUUAACUACGUCACUGGUAUAAUAUUUAUAAUUUUUGGUAUUGAAUAUAAUUCAUUUUUGAUUUUAUACGAAUUUAUUUUGUUAUCAUGUAAAUUGUGUGCCAUAUACUAUUGAUCUCUCCUAGUUAGUUAUUUAAUGUUAAGGAUAUCGAUGAAAUACUAUAGAUAUUUUUUAAAUAAAAUUAAAACAAUAAUUAUUCUUAGAAUAAGCAGAUGUAAGUUCCAAUUUCGAAAAUCAUUUUAGUUUUGAAUAGAAUUCAAAAUAUAAAUGUUUUCAUUAGCCUUCCCUGUUACAAUUCAGGACCAGAAGUAACAAAGUGUCACAAUUAUUAACUCAUUAGCCCCCUUUUCAUUUUUAUAUUUACUGGUCUAAAUUAGUUAAGAUUAAUAAUAAAAAUAAUUAUUAACAAAAAUAAAUUUAUUCAAAACAAUUAGCCCCCUUUUUCUUAUAUUUAUCGGUCUAAAUUAGUUGAGAUUAAUAAUAAAAAUAAUUAGUAACAAAAAUUAAUCUUUCGAACCCAUUAGUCCCCUUUUUAUCUUUAUAUUUACUGGUCUCAUUGUAUUUGGAGUGUUGGCAAUUUUUCUGUUUGAUAGGAUAUAGUCGAUAGUACACUGAACUUGUCUCUAAAAAUAUCUUAUUUUGUGAAAAAUUGGUACUAAGCCCCUUUGGUACUUCUGCUCCUUAAUUAUAAAAUUUACUUCUUCAUCUCUAGAAUUUUUAUGACAUUUCUAGCGUCAGGGUAUUGGGGUUUUAGUAUUCACUCUCCUUUUAUCCAAUUUUUUUACUUUCAUUUCUUGUAUUAUAUUUCUCUUUCUCCCUCUUUCCUAUGCUACAUGUUCUAGACUGUUUUCCUGGGCCUUAAUUUCCUUUAUUUAAAAGUUAUAUUCUUUUAAAUUUAAUCCCUCACAGUUCAUCUGCUAUUAGUAUAAAAAUGAAUAAGAAAAUAAAAAAUUGAAACCCAAAUGAAAAUAACUUUUAUCAAAAUAAUGAUUUUUGACUGAUUUGAUAUCUGUAAGAACUAAUUUUUAAAAGUUUUAAAAAGACUACUUCGAAUAUCUAUUAUUAUUUUAAUGAUAUCAUAUAUUGUCAUUUUUUUUCACUAUUCAUUUAACUUUUUUUCUAUAUUUUUAUACAGGUUAUAGCCUAUGUUAUCUAAUUUGAUUUUUAUGACCAACAUUUCUUUAUCAAUUACUUUAUCGUUAAUUUUAUUUAAAAAAAAAUAUCAAAUAUUUGAAUUUCGUACUCAAAAAAUCUAAAGCUGAUACAUAUGUUACCCUGCUCUGUAUAAAAAAUACGAAGUAUGGCUAUUAAAUAACGAGACUGGUUACGAAAAAGGGUUUUAUUAUAAAAAUUAUUCUUCAUUCGAAUGCUCCCCUUCAAUAUACUACCCUCCCCUCGCCACACACCUUUCCAUACGUUUUUUCCAUUGAUCGAAGCAGUGCUGGAAGUCUUCUUUGGUGAAGGCCUUUAUGGGCUCUGCCGUUUUUUGCUUUACCGCUUCCAUAGACUCAAAUCGGGUACCUUUCAAAGCAGAUUUUUUCUUCGGAAACAAAAAAGUCACCAACUGAUUGUUUUUCUAAAGGGAUUUAUCUUGGAAAGUAUCGUAAUUUUCUGUUCUGUUUAUCUAAAAGCACAUACAACUUUUAUCUUGAAAUAUUUAUUAGUUCAUGCCAAGUACCAGUUCCUAAUGGAUUAAAAAGAAAUUAAAAAUAAAAGAAUUCUUGAUGAUCUGACCACAAAACUGGAAUUAUUACGAUGGUUCUGGUUAAAAUUUUUUAGCAAUGAUUGGAAUAUAUAUAAAUAAAACAUAGUAGAACGAUUUGUUUGUUGAAUUCAUCCAAGUUUAUCUUAUGUUUCCAAAUCUUAUUUCUUUCAAUAUUUUCAUAUAUGAAUUAUACAAAUAAUAAUAAACUGAUUAUUAGGUUCCCUGAUAUAUACUUUGUUGAGACGCACUGUAUCAAACGUGUAUAUUAUGCUAGUCAUACCUGAAUACUAGGGUGGGUUAAAGAAAAAAUUACCUUUUUUUUUAACAAGUGACAGGGAACAAUGGGUUGCACCUUGAAAAAAUUCCACCAAAUAUGAGCUCCUAAUUUUAGUAGGAAGAUUCUCGGCAUCGCAAUUUUUUAUUUUCUUAGUCCAAUUGAAAGACAAAUGUUUUUGAAGAAUUUUGUGGGCAGUUUAAUGCAAUACAAUCAUCUAAGACGUCACCUUCACACCAUGGGCAUCACGGAUGAUCCGGAGUGCCGCUGGUGCAUGGAGGAGGACGAAACGGUUUAAACACCUGGGCAAACCCCACAACCUGCCUAAUUACAUCAAAGGGUUCAAGCCAAAGCGCCUGAUCGGUUUCCCAAAGGACAUUGGACUUAGUGGUGACUCAAGUGGGGCUCGAAGGGCCUAUGUGCUCAAUGGUUUCACGGCCGUCCACACCUACGAAUUAUGAACUAUGAAUGCAAUACAAAAAAGUUUUUCAGUGAAUCUCGCCAUUUUAAUGGUUUUGAAGAUGUAAAUUUGAUUAUACUAAGACCAAUUUCAUUUUUGCUCAGGAAUUUUAUACCUCUUCAAUAAAUGAAAUUAAUUGCUUUAUCAAAAUUGUAUUUUAUGUUUUGGCGAUAAAAUUAAGGGAUCAAAAGAUUUUAAGAAUUUAUUUUCUGAUAUUAUUUCUUGAAAAAUAAACAAAAAAAUAAAUACUUUUUAAAAAAUACAAAUACCCUAUUGAAAUUUUUCGAUUAUUUGAUCAAAAACUCGUAAAACAGUACACAUGACACAAGUUUGAUUAUUAAUAUCUUUUGAAGAUUUAAUUUAAUCGCUUGAAAAAAUUUUUGACUUUAUAAAUUCAUAAACAAAAAUGUCUUAAUCUUGUCUUAAUAAAACCUAAUCAUGAAUAUCAUUCAAAUGGUUAGGCUCACGGAAAAAAAAAAAGAUAACUUUUUUGGAGUUCGUUAAAUUUCUUAUGAAACUAUUUAAAAACAUUUUUCUUUUUAAUUAAUUUUAUUUUAUUUAAUUAAUGAUGAGUUAUGAAUUUUUUCCCAUUUCAUAUUUGGCGAAAAUUUUUUUAAGGUGUCUAGCUAUUUUUCCGUGUCACUUUUUGAAAAAAGAUAUUGAAUUUUCCUGACCCACCCUACUGAAUACCGAUUAUAUAAAGAAUGUUCCUUGAGUGUGAAUUGUAUAUAUAGUGAAAAAAUAAAUAAUAUAAUUUAUAAAGUGAUUCAUAUUGUACUUUUGCAUGAUCAAGUAAUGUAGUUUUAUAUCUAUAAUUAAUAAAAUUUUGCUUAAGGUG